GUCUGCAUCUCUGUUUUCUCUUCCUUCUGCAUUGAUGGAACGCGCUGCUGUUGAGCGAAUAAUUCUUCUGUUUCCCCUUUUUCCCGCUAUUUACUCUUCAACCACGAGGAUUCGUGUGAUUGAUUGAGAUUGAUGUGUGUGUAUUUGCCUGCUUCAAUCCUCUGCAAUUGUAAUAUGUUGAAGUUUGGUGACUUUGGUGCAGAAUGGCUUGGGUUCGAGUCGCAUGGACGUGGUUAUUUGUGUAGUUAUAUAAUAGUUUGUGGUUGUUGGCUUUGUUUCUUUGUUUUAGGAUUGUUGAUGUAAUUGAUAAAGUUUUAAAUACUCAACAUCAUGAAUGAUAUAAUUGAUCCUUUCUAUAAAGAAAAUAAAAAGAAGAAAAGUUGAAUUUCUAGUCAUAUUCAUAUGCAGCUCCUGACGCAAGCAUUUUCUGUGUUGUUAUGGCAGAUUAAAACGGUGAAAGUGAGCAAUUUGUCGCAUGCUGCUUCUGAACGCGACAUGAGGGGGUUCUUUUCCUUCUGCGGGGAUAUUGUAUAUAUUGAGAUGAAGAGUGAGAGUGAGCAGUCUCAAACGGCAUUUAUCACUUACAAGGAUCCUCGGGGAGCAGAAACUGCAAUUCUGCUCACGGGAGCUAUAAUCGUUGGCCAGAUAGCAACCAUUGCCCUCGAGCCGGAUUAUGUGCUGCCAGCUGCAGCAGCAUCAGAAUCAUCUGCUGCAACUGAAGACAAUAAACUAGGUGCUUCCCCGUCCGCUGCCCAAAAAGCAGAAGACGUUGUGCGUAGGAUGCUUGAUAAGGGAUACACCUUGGGGAAGGAUGCAGUUCACAGAGCAAAGGCUUUCGACGAGAGGCAUCAGCUCCGUUCCAGAGGUACGGCAAAGGUAGCAUCUUUGGACCAAAAGUACGGAUUGAGUGAGAAAAUUAACAAGGGAGCAGCCAUUGUGAAUGAUAAAGUAAAGAAAAUGGAUGACAAGUUUCAUGUUUCUGAAAAGACUAAGUCAGCCUUUGCGAGCGCUGAGCAGACAGUGGGUACUGCAAUCAAGAACAACAAAUAUGUGGCGGGUGGCACGACAUGGGUUACUGGUGCCUUGAAUAGGGUCACACAACCCGGUGGGGAAGCUGGGGUGAAGUCGACGGAGAAAGCGGGCGCCCAAGCAGAUCACGGAACAAAUGUAGCUCAUCAUGGGGGAGGUACUGACCCCUCUGGAUCUCCAGGAACAAAUGUAGCUCAACACGGGGGAGGUACCAACCCCUCUGGAUCCCCAGGAACAAAUGUAGCUCAACAAGGGGGAUGUACCAACUUCGCUGGAUCCGAAGGAACAAAUGUAGCUCAACAAGGGGGAGGUACCAACCCCGCUGGAUCUCCAGGAACAAAUGUAGCUCAACAAGGAGGAUGUACCAACCCCUCUGGAUCCCCAGUUAAGUGAAAGCAAGCAAUACUUGGCAUCCUCUCCUCUUAAAGAUAUACUUAGAUUCAAUUUUGUUUUCUUGAUAAUAUGUGAUUGAUGUUAGUUCAUCCUCAAAAGUCUUUUUCAGUUUUUUACUCCAUGAUUUUCUUCCAUCAUCAUGAUCACAAACUAGGCUUGUCAAUCGAGCAUAGUGGUUUCCUCAUGUUCCAUCUGUAUCCUAUUCAAUAGAAUACAUAAUUGAAUUUUAUACAAGUUAUACUU